CGCACCACCUUCGCAGGCAAGCAAGCAAACGACUAGAACUCGCCCCGUUCCUCUCUCCCCCUUCUCUGAACCCAACCCACGUCUCGUCUCUCCCAUCUCCGUAGAUUUCAAAUCCGCGUCACGUCCAGGGCCAGGUCGCCGCCGCCGCCGCCGUUUCUCGAUCCACCGAGAUCCGCGGCCGUUUCCCACCCCGCCAGAUCCGCCGCCGCGAGAGGGGGCAGAAGCCGACCGCCAUGGAGGCCAUGGAGGAGCUGUCGCAGCUCUCCGAGUCCAUACGCCAGGCGGCCUCGCUCCUCGCUGACGACGACCCCUCCGACGACGCCGCGCCGCGCCGCCCCUCCACCUUCCUCAACGCCGUCGUCCUGGGCAACGUCGGUGCCGGCAAGUCGGCUGUGCUGAACAGCCUCAUCGGGCACGCCGUGCUGCCCACUGGGGAGAACGGGGCGACCAGGGCUCCGAUAGUGGUGGAACUGCAGCGGGAACCGGGGCUCAGCAGCAAGUCUAUCGUGCUGCAGAUUGACAACAAGUCGCAGCCGGUGUCCUCAAGUGCUCUGCGACAUUCUCUGCAGGAUAGGCUAAGCAAAGCUGCGUCCAGUGGAUCUGGGAGAGGACGCAUGGAGGAGAUACCUCUCAAGCUGCGAACGAGUACAGCCCCUCCACUAAAAUUGAUCGAUUUACCCGGGUUAGACCAGCGAGUUGUGGACGAUUCAAUGAUCAAUGAUUAUGCCGGGCACAAUGAUGCAAUACUCCUAGUUGUGAUACCUGCAGUACAAGCAGCUGAAGUUGCAUCAUCUCGAGCUCUUAGGCUGGCGAAGGAUAUUGAUUCAGAUGGGACCAGAACUAUAGGCGUGCUAAGCAAAAUUGAUCAAGCAACUGGAGAUGCGAAAACUAUAGCUUGUGUUCAAGCCCUUCUCUCAAACAAGGGCCCAAAAAACCUUCCUGACAUUGAGUGGGUCGCUUUGAUAGGACAAUCUGUUGCGAUCGCAUCAGCAGGUUCAGUUGGUUCUGAAAACUCCCUCGAAACAGCAUGGCAAGCUGAAGCCGAGACCCUCAAGUCCAUAUUAACUGGAGCUCCUUCUAGUAAGCUAGGUAGAGUUUCUUUGGUUGCCACCAUUGCUAAGCAGAUACGCAAACGGAUGAAAGUGCGUCUUCCUAACCUAUUGACUGGCCUUCAGGGUAAAUCCCAGAUUGUGCAAGAUGAACUGGCAAGGCUCGGAGAAUCUAUGGUACAAAGUGCUGAAGGAACCCGAGCAGUUGCUUUGGAGCUUUGCCGGGAAUUUGAAGAUAAAUUUCUUGCUCACAUUACAUCCGGUGAGGGGUCUGGUUGGAAAAUCGUUGCAAGUUUUGAAGGCAAGUUCCCAGACAGAAUCAAACAAUUACCAUUGGACAGGCAUUUUGAUCUCAGCAAUGUCAAAAGGAUUGUCCUGGAAGCUGACGGUUACCAGCCAUAUUUAAUAUCUCCGGAGAAAGGGUUGAGGUCACUAAUAAAAAUAGUGCUAGAAAUGGCGAAGGAGUCAUCACGACUAUGUGUUGAAGAGGUACAUCGUGUACUGUUGGACAUAGUCAAUGCUUCUGCCAAUGCCACACCAGGACUUGGAAGAUUUCCUCCAUUCAAGCGCGAGGUCAUUGCAAUAGCAUCAAGUGCAUUGGAUAGCUUCAAAAAUGAUGCCAAAAAGAUGGUUGUUGCUCUUGUUGAUAUGGAGCGUGUCUAUGUUCCUCCUCAACAUUUCAUCCGUCUAUUACAAAGGAGAAUGGAGAGGCAGCGUCGUGAGGAUGAGAUGAAAAACCGGCCUCCCAAGAAAGGACAAGAGGCUGAACAAUCCGUGACAAACAGGGCCUCCAGUCCCCAAACAAAAUCUGAGCAAGCUGGUGGCAGUGGCAGCUUAAAAUCAACAAAAGAAAAACCAAGUCAGCAAGACAAAGACACAAAAGAGGGACCAAAUUUGCAGGUGGCUGGUCCUACUGGUGAAAUUACUGCAGGUUACCUUUUGAAGAAAAGUGCAAAAACUAAUGGGUGGAGCAGAAGGUGGUUCGUCCUAAAUGAGAAGAGUGGAAAGCUUGGGUACACAAAGAAACAAGAAGAGAGACAUUUUCGUGGUGUGAUCACUCUCGAGGAAUGCAACCUUGAGGAAGUAGAGGAUGAAGAACCUUCUAAAAGCUUAAAGGAUUCGAAAAAGUCAAAUGGACCUGAAAAAGGCCCAAGUCUUGUGUUUAAGAUAACUAACAGGGUUGCCUACAAGACUGUUCUCAAAGCUCAUAGCGCUGUUGUAUUGAAAGCGGAGAGCAUUGCCGACAAGGUUGAGUGGGUAAAUAAGAUAAAAGCUGUAAUUCAAAGCAAAGGUGGUUCUUUCAAGGGUCCAAAUACUGAGGGUGUUUCCAUGAAGCAAAGCCAUUCAGAUGGCUCCCUGGAUGCAAUGGUGCGGAGGCCAGCUGAUCCUGAUGAAGAACUUAGAUGGAUGUCUCAAGAAGUUCGCGGUUACGUAGAGGCUGUUUUAAAUAGUCUAGCAGCAAAUGUCCCGAAGGCUAUUGUACUUUGUCAAGUGGAGAAAGCAAAGGAAGAUAUGCUGAACCAGCUAUACAGCUCAAUAAGUGGACAAAGCAAUGCAAAGAUUGAAGAACUUAUCCAAGAAGACCACAAUGCUAAACGCCGAAGGGAGAAGUACCAAAAACAGUCAUCUCUCUUGUCAAAGCUCACACGACAACUUAGUAUCCAUGACAAUCGAGCUGCUGCUUCCUCUUAUUCAAACGACAGUCCUGAAGCUGAGAGCCCUCGGACACCUGGCCGCCCUGGUGAGGACUGGAGAUCUGCUUUCGAUUCUGCAGCAAAUGGCCCUACCGCUGCUAGCUCAAGCAGCGAAAGGUCGAGAAGUGCCGAUGGUCGCAACCGGCGCUCUGAAAAUGGGGAUGUGAGCAACUCCGGCAGCCGACGCACCCCAAACCGGUUACCACCAGCGCCCCCCAGAUACUAAUCGUGCUGAUUAGUAUCCAUGAACAUCAUGUAUUCUUGCUAGGCACACGCCCUGUUUUGGUAUUGGUGAUAUUGGAAGAGUGGGUAUGGGAUUGGACAGUAGUGAGCGUCUUGGUGGAGAGACUGCAUGGAUUGUGUGUACGCCCAGGGGACCCUGAUUGUUUAUAGAAAUAUAUGUAUUAUGCCCAAUCUCUAUUGGUUUCAUGGCUCUUAGCAUAUAUGAUGUCUGAUAGUGAUGGUUUUCCUUACACUAGCUUAAA